AUGGCCCUUUCUGUGGAGACCGAGUCACACAUAUACCGAGCUCUGCGCACUGCCUCCGGAGCUGCUGCCCACCUUGUGGCCCUGGGCUUCACCAUCUUUGUGGCUGUACUUGCCAGGCCUGGCUCCAGUCUCUUCUCCUGGCACCCUGUGCUUAUGUCUUUGGCUUUCUCUUUCCUGAUGACCGAGGCACUGCUGGUGUUCUCUCCUGAGAGCUCGUUGCUGCGCUCCCUCUCACGGAAGGGCCGAGCGCGUUGCCACUGGGUUCUGCAGCUGCUGGCCUUGCUGUGUGCGUUGCUGGGCCUGGGCCUUGUCAUCCUCCAUAAGGAACAGCUUGGCAAGGCCCACCUGGCCACGUGGCAUGGGCGGGCAGGGCUGCUGGCUGUGCUGUGGGCAGGGCUGCAGUGCUCGGGUGGGGUGGGGCUGCUCUACCCCAAAUUGCUGCCUCGAUGGCCCCUGGCCAAGCUUAAGCUGUACCAUGCCACUUCAGGGUUAGUGGGCUACCUUCUGGGGGGUGCCAGCCUCUUGUUGGGCAUGUGCUCACUCUGGUUCACUGCCACAGUCACCGGUGGGGUCUGGUACCUGGCUGUGCUUUGCCCUGUCGUUACCAGCUUGGUCAUUAUGAACCAGGUGAGCAACGCCUACCUGUACCGCAAGAGGAUCCAGCCGUGA